AUAGAACAAAGGUGUUGUUUGGUUAAGGGAAAUUAAAGAACGAGCAGGAAAACGAAUCGCAUUCUUAACUAGAUCAGUGAUGACAAUUGAUCGAGUUUACUGAAACGUUUGCAAUGUUGAGGAGGAGUACAUCGAGGAUUUUAAUUCUCGGUGCAUUUUAUGCCCUUUACCUUGUAAUUGGUGCAUCAGUUUUUUGCGCUAUAGAAGGGCCGGAUGAAAAUAAGAGGAAACAAGAGUUGAAAGAUAUUAGAAAGACAUUCCUAGAAGGACAUACUUCUUGUAUUACUGAUGGAGAAUUAGAGGCAUUUAUAGAGAAAAUCGUUGAAGCACAAAAUCGUGGUGUCAGUGCUAUAAAGAAUGUGACAAGUGAAUCUAAUUGGAGUUUCGGGCAGUCAUUGUUUUUUGCGGGUACCAUUUUAACUACAAUAGGAUACGGUCACGUAACUCCCCUUUCCGAAGGUGGUAAAGUUUUUUGCGUUGUUUACGCCUUGAUCGGAAUACCCUUAACUCUAAUCCUCUUUACUGCCAUCGUCGAGCGUCUCAUGCUUUUAACAAAUGCAAUACUGUCUCUACUGGAGAAAAAACUCUCUCAUAUUUUGACUUAUUUACAAGUCCGACUUCUUCAUUUGGCUAUUAUUUUUACCUUCCUUCUAGUCUUUAUUUUCAUCACGCCUGCUGUUAUAUUUACGUGCAUCGAGAAACGGUGGAACUUUUUGGAUUCUUUUUACUAUUGUUUUAUCUCUAUGACCACCAUUGGGUUAGGCGACUACAUUCCUGGAGAUGAUGUCAAUCAACAAAACAGAGCCUUAUAUAAAAUAUUAACAACUGUCUAUUUAUUUAUUGGAUUGACUAUCAUGAUGCUCACGUUGGCUACAAUAUAUGAAAUACCGGAAUUAAACAUCGGUUCUCAUUUCUACUUGAAAUCGGAUGCUGAGCACGAAACAGAAAAGCAAACGCUAAGAAAACCGACAAACAAUUAUAAUGCGGCCGAGACGGAACAAUCUACAUUCGGCGGGGCUAAAGAUAAUGAAGCUUUAACGGAAUAA